AAAAAAAUAAAAAAUCACCGACAAAUACUGAAAUCUUAUCACCAUGGAAACCAGUGCGAAAGCCACGCCCCUCUCUGCCACCUCACCGCGUCAGGGCGGUGUACUUCCUGGUUACUGCAUGUUUCUGUGCUUCGAGUAUUGCCGAUUGAUUUUUUCAUGUCUCAGGGUUAUGCAACAUUUAGUCCUCCGACCACUCUGGAUAGGACGACUCCGUCUAGCGCUCACUCUCCUCGGACUCCCGCGCACCGUCUGCACCGCCGGAGUCAGACCUGCUAUCUCUUGCUCAAAGUCCCAUUCUUUUGCAACCAGUCAAACCGCUAGACCAGUCAGUACCAGUUGGUGUAACCUCUACGGGACGAUGCCAUCCUCAGCCGCGCCUCAUACCAAGUCCAGAUGCCCCCAGUAUCCAGGGUCUAAAGUCGAGCGCUUCCCGGUGCCUGACGAUAAGGUGGACUGGAGUCAAAACUGGCUGCAAUAUAAUCCAGUCAGCCACACCAACCCGGCUGUACUAAAGAUGCCAGAGUGGGCAGAUCCUGAUAUUGGCUCUUUCCAUCCACAGUUCAACGCUGUGGAUGGCUGUGUGGACAGAACAAGCUUUGAGGGCAGCUACAAAAUCGAAAAUGGAAAGCCACUAAAUCCACUUGGACGCACAGGAGUGACUGGUAGAGGUUUGCUGGGACGAUGGGGACCCAAUCACGCAGCAGAUCCGAUUGUCACCAGAUGGAAAGUAGAUGCCAAAGGAGCAAAGAUGAAUCACGCAGUCUCCAAACGGCCUAUCCUGCAGUUUGUGUCCAUCAAGAGGAAAGACUGUGGGGAAUGGGCCAUUCCUGGGGGCAUGGUAGAUGCAGGGGAGCAGGUCUCGCUCACGUUGCAGCGGGAGUUCUCGGAAGAGGCGUUGAAUUCGUUGGAUGCCCCGGCAACGGAGAGAGCGAAAACCCAUGAACGCAUCACCAAACUCUUUAAAUCAUCAGGCCUUCAGGUCUUUAAAGGCUACGUGGAUGAUCCUAGAAACACUGACAACGCUUGGAUGGAGACAGUCGCUGUCAACUUCCACGAUGAAUCAGGCAACAGUGUAAGCGAGCUGCCACUUCAAGCUGGAGAUGAUGCGGGACAAGUCAAGUGGGUCGAUGUUGACUCGUCCUUCCCGCUCUAUGCGAGUCAUUCCCAUUUCCUAGAGGAGGUUGCCAAAGAGAGGAAGGCCCACUGGUAACCAAGGACGAGAGACUCUAUUCUGACGUAACAAAGAAGGGUACAAACAAGCCUCUCUGUGCAGAGAGCGCGUAUGAUUUUAGAACGCAUGACACCUUAAAUAUGUGAAUCAUCUCGCACUUAUUUAAUUAAGCAAUCAUAGUUAUGACAAUGCAGGUUUAGGCUACAAGAACUUAUGAAAUGAAUGAAACUAGCAUGUUGAAAGCUUGGCUGCAGCUUGUGACUUGCUGCUUUGCAGAAGACGCUAACGUGAGACUGUAAAACGUGAGACUGUAAAACGCGAGACGCUACUGAGUGCCACGCCACAUUGUAUCUGUAAUUAUGCUAAUUUAUUCACUGUUAACAAGGAUUGCAUUAACACAGCGUGAUCGUGGAGGAACAAACACAAUGAGCUGCAGCGAACAUAACACGUACUACAUUAAUUUAAGUGUGAUAAAAGGGGGGGCGCAAUCAAAAUUAAAAAGUGUAGACUCACUUUGAUCUUUACAUGUGAAUAGAAUUUAAAGACGCGAUGAAGCUGAGCUCAGACAGGCCGAAGAUGGAGGACAAACAUGUUUACAAGUGGGAACAGACAGUGGGAAGCAAAGGUUAUUUCACACAAAACAGCUCGCCUUUACGGAAACCGAUCAGUACGCGAUGAGGCAUUAAAUAGCUCAUAUCUGUUCAUGAUGCAAACACCAACACCUGGUUCACAAGAUGUAAUAUGAAUAUUCUGUAUGCUAUUUCCACUCACCACUCUGUGAAAGUGGUAAGACUGAAAACAUGACUGUAUUAUGUCUCACAAAUCCUAUAAGCUCUUUUCAUUUACUGUUAUGGCAGCUCAGGCCGCAACAUUUGCCAUAUUCAAUUGGAUAAAGGUGAUAUUACCAGCAGCUGAGUGUGUGUGGAGUUGCUACCAUUUCUACCUCACUACAAUACAGUCAAUGCUGAUCCACGUUCAGCCGCUGGACUCUUACAGGCCGCUUAAUAUGCCUAUCAAAGUAACAAACUAAACUUUACAGCAGGAGCACUGAAUUUUACUCAAACUAGCAACCUGUCAGUCACAAAAUCCUCCAACCUUUCCCUUAAAGUUUUAUUUUUUUCUGCCUAAAGUGAACUAAAAGUGGUCUUGUGUUCUUUGUUGUUAAUUUAACUCGCUCUAAACUGUAAAACAUCGUGCACCUGUAUGUGCCAUCUUAACUCUUCACGUCUGAGCUUACACAUUGAAAACAGUAAUGCUCAAAUGUUUAUGCAAACCUAUAGACCGUCAUGCAAUAUGAACUAUAAAACAUGAUUUUUGUCUGAUUUUAAGAGAUCUACAUUGAUGUUUUUAACAAAUUAUAUCAUAAAGAGGAACACGUCAUGGAGAAAUAAAAACUCCCUAUACCUAUAA